AUGGCCGACGCAGGCGGCUGGAGCACGAUCGAGUCCGACGAGGGCGUAUUUACAUCCCUCAUCGAGAACCUCGGCGUGCAAGAUGUUCAAUUCGAAGAACUCAUCUCCCUUGAUGCCGACACAAUUCGCUCAUUAGGGCCCGUGUAUGGCGUUAUUUUCCUCUUCAAAUGGACCCGUGAAGCAGCCGGCGCCGGCGCUGAAGCUCCACUAGAUGGAAAAUACGACACAACAGCAACAGAAAACAACGUCUUCUUCGCAGCCCAGACUAUCCAAAACGCUUGCGGAACCCAAGCUAUCCUCUCCGUGAUCCUCAACAACGAUAACCCUCCCGCACCCCUACAACCGAUAACCCUCGGUAACGAACUGAGCUCCUUCAAAGAGUUCACAACUGGCUUCCCGGCCGAGCUGCGCGGUGAAGCGCUCUCGAACUCUGAAGCUAUCCGCACAGCACACAAUACCUUUGCGCGGGCUAGUCCUUUCGCCGAUGAGACGACCCGGCCGCAGGAUGAGGAGAAUGCAGCGGAUGUUUACCAUUUUAUUGCCUAUACGUCUAUUAAUGGCACGCUUUAUGAGCUUGAUGGCUUGCAGCCGUACCCUAUUAGCCAUGGGCCGUGUGAUAAUGGAUCGUUCCCCGAGGCUGUGAGUGAGGUUUUGCAGAAGAGGAUCGCGAGAUACCCACCUGGGGAGACGCAUUUUAAUCUUAUGGCUGUUACACGGGAUCCGAGAAUUGCUGCGAGGGAAAUUGGGGACGCGGAGACGCUUGAGAGGGAGGAAAGGAAGAGGGCGGCUUGGCAGUGGGAAAAUACGUUGCGAAGGUGGAAUUUUGUGGGAUUUAUUGGGGAGAUGAUGAAGGGGGUUGUUGCGGCUAAGGAUGGACAGGAUGGGGAGGGAAAGGCGUACAAUGAGUGGGUCGAGGGGGCGAAGAAAGAGACGAGAAAGAGAUUGGAGAUGAGACGGUAA